AUGUGCGAUCCGUCUUUAGGCGCGAAAAUCAAGCGCGAAACUCUUGUAAAGAUGAAAGGAGCGCGUGAAGCUUACGAGGUCUCGGGUGCUGAGGAGGGCGGUGCCACGACGAGAUACCAGUUUCGCUAA